CGCGGUGAUGAGCACCGGCAGCCGCCGCCAUGUCCAAGGUAACGGCGCCCGGGCCCGGGCCGCCGGCCGCGGUGGUGGUGGCUGCGGCGGGCGGGAAGGAGAAGCGCUCCUUCAGCAAGCGGCUGUUCCGGAGCGGCCGCGCGGGCGGCGGCGGCGGCAGCAGUGGCGGCGGCACGGGGGGUCCCGGGCCGGCCGCGCCCUCGUCGGCGCGCUCGGUGGGCAGCUUCAUGAGCCGCGUCCUCAAGACGCUGUCCACGCUCUCGCACCUUAGUUCCGAGGGCGCCGCCCCGGAGCGCGGCGGCCUCCGCAGCUGCUUCCCCCCGGGGCCGGCCUCCGCGCCCACGCCGCCUCCGUGCCCGCCGCCGCCCGCCUCGCCCGCGCCGCCCGCCUGCGCUGCCACCGCCGAGCCGGUGCCCGGCGUGGCGGGGCUCCGCAACCACGGGAACACGUGCUUCAUGAACGCCACGCUGCAGUGCCUGAGCAACACCGAGCUCUUUGCCGAGUACCUGGCCCUCGGCCAGUACCGGGCCGGCCGGCCGGAGCCCUCGCCGGACCCCGAGCAGCCUGCGGAUCGCUUUGCGCAGGGCCAGGGCGAGGUCACGGAGCAGCUGGCGCACCUGGUGCGGGCCCUCUGGACCCUGGAGUACACCCCGCAGCACAGCCGCGACUUUAAGAGUAUCGUGUCAAAGAACGCACUGCAGUAUCGAGGAAAUUCCCAGCACGAUGCCCAGGAGUUCCUGCUGUGGCUUUUGGACCGAGUUCACGAAGACCUCAAUCACGCUGUAAAGCAGAGUGGCCAGCCCCCCGUGAAGCCCCCGUCGGAGACUGACAUGAUGCCUGAGGGACCUUCUUUUCCUGUCUGUAGCACUUUUGUACAAGAACUUUUUCAAGCCCAGUACAGGUCUUCGUUGACAUGUCCCCAUUGUCAGAAACAAAGCAACACUUUUGACCCUUUCCUCUGCAUUUCCUUGCCAAUUCCUCUGCCACAUACCAGGCCUCUCUACGUCACCGUCGUGUAUCAGGGCAAAUGCUCUCACUGCAUGAGGAUUGGCGUGGCCGUGCCUCUGUCCGGGACUGUUGCCAGACUGCGGGAAGCCGUGUCUGUGGAAACAAAGAUCCCCACUGAUCAGAUUGUGUUAACGGAAAUGUACUAUGAUGGGUUCCAUCGUUCCUUCUGUGACACAGAUGACCUGGAAACAGUCCAUGAAAGCGAUUGCAUUUUUGCCUUUGAGACUCCAGAAAUCUUUAGGCCUGAAGGAAUUCUCAGUCAAAGAGGAAUUCACUUAAACAACAAUCUAAACCACUUGAAAUUUGGCCUGGAUCAUCACAGACUGUCCUCGCCUACACAGACAGCACCAAAGCCAGGGAAAACGGAUCUGCCCAGCACCAGAGCAGGAAACGACAAGAUUGUUCUGUUGGUGUGCAACCGGGCCUGUACCGGGCAGCAGGGGAAAAGGUUUGGACUGCCUUUUGUGCUGCACUUAGAGAAGACGGUAGCAUGGGACCUUCUGCAGAAGGAAAUCCUGGAGAAGAUGAAGUAUUUCCUGAGGCCCACAGUUUGCAUUCAGGUGUGUCCCUUCAGUCUGCGAGUGGUCAGUGUGGUGGGAAUCACGUACUUACUGCCCCAGGAGGAACAGCCCCUGUGCCACCCCACGGUAGAAAGGGCAUUAAAAUCCUGUGGGCCAGGUGGUACUGCUCACGUGAAGUUAGUAGUGGAAUGGGACAAGGAGACAAAAGAUUUCUUGUUUGUAAACACAGAAGAAGAGUAUAUCCCUGAUGCAGACAGUGUCCGUGUGCAAAAGGAGCGUCAUCAUCAGCCUCAGACCUGCACUUUAUCCCAAUGCUUCCAGCUCUACACCAAGGAGGAGCGGCUCGCCCCGGAUGACGCCUGGCGUUGCCCACACUGCAAGCAGCUGCAGCAGGGGAGCAUCACGCUCAGCCUGUGGACCCUGCCCGACGUGCUCAUCAUACAUCUCAAGAGGUUCCGGCAGGAAGGAGACAAACGUAUGAAACUUCAGAACAUGGUCAAGUUCCCUUUGACUGGCCUGGACAUGACGCCUCACGUGGUUAAGAGAAGCCAGAGCAGCUGGAGUUUGCCGUCGCACUGGUCCCCGUGGAGACGGCCCUAUGGACUCGGGAGGGACCCCGAGGACUACAUCUAUGACCUGUAUGCGGUGUGCAAUCACCAUGGCACCAUGCAAGGGGGGCACUACACAGCGUACUGUAAGAACUCCGUGGAUGGCCUCUGGUACUGCUUCGACGACAGUGACGUGCAGCAGCUGUCGGAGGACGAGGUCUGCACGCAGACAGCCUACAUCCUUUUCUACCAGAGGCGGACGGCUAUCCCGUCGUGGUCAGCCAACAGCUCGGUGGCAGGCUCCACAAGUUCUUCCCUGUGUGAGCACUGGGUGAGCCGUCUCCCGGGGAGCAAGCAAGCCAGCGUGACCUCUGCGGCUUCCUCCAGGCGCACCUCGCUGGCCUCGCUCUCCGAGUCUGUAGAAAUGACCGGGGAGAGGAGUGAGGAUGAUGGAGGCUUUUCCACCCGGCCCUUUGUGAGAAGCGUCCAGCGUCAGAGCCUGUCUUCCAGGUCUUCUGUCACCAGCCCCUUGGCUGUCAACGAGAAUUGCAUGCGGCCUUCCUGGUCCCUGUCUGCUAAGCUGCAGCUGCGCUCCAACUCUCCUUCCAGGUUCUCAGAGGACUCUCCGAUUCACAGCUCGGCGUCCACCUUGGAGAAGAUCGGGGAAGCAGUGGAUGACAAGGUCUCCAUCUCUUGCUUUGGGAGCUUGAGGAACCUGUCCAGCAGUUUCCAGGACUCCAGCGACAGUCACAGCCGACGCGAGCACAAGGCUGUGGGCCGAGCGCCCCUGGCCGUCAUGGAAGGUGUGUUCAAAGAUGAGUCAGACACCUGCAAAUCGAACUCCAGUACCGUCGCUGUGCAGAGCAAACACCCGGCCCAAGGGGACCGCUUGCCCCCUGUCUCCGAUCCCUUUGAUAACAACAACCAGAUCGCUUACGUGGACCAGAGCGAUUCCGUGGACAGCUCUCCAGUCAAGGAGGCCAAAGCCCUGAACCAGCCAGGCUCCCUCCCGGGGAGGCCUGAGAGCACAGCCACGAGAACCCCCAGCUCCAGGGGCACUUCGGAGCCGGAGAAGGGCCCGCGGAAGGGGCGGCCGGCCCUAGCGAGCCAGGACUCUUCUGUUUCCAGCACAUCCCCUUCCUCUCCCGUCCCUGUGAAAGUGUCCCUCAAGCCCUCCCGCUCCCGGAGCAAAGCGGAGGCUUCAUCCCGGGCCAGCGGGAGGCAUUCGUCCCCCGCCCCGGUGCAGCCCAAGAAGGAGGCCUCGCCCAAGUCCCGGGACUCCGCGUCAUCUCCCUCACCACAGAAGCAGAAGUCGGCUUCUGCCCCCGCUCACACUGCCUCGUCGACAUCUGCCAAAAAAGCCCCUGGCCCCGGCCCGCGAGGCGCCCUCCCGCCCGGGAAGAGCAGGACCUCAGAGUGGAGCCUCAGCCGGGAGGCUUCCAGGCAGAGUCUGGGUUCUGACCGAGCCGGUGCCACCUGCUCCUCCAAACCCAGCUCCCCCCGGGUGAGCCAGGCCAGGGCCGGGGAGGGCCGAGGCGAUGGCAAGCAUGUCAGGAGCUCCUCCAUGGCCAGUCUGCGCUCCCCGAGCACGAGCGUGAGGGCCGGACUCAAGAGGGAUAGCAAGUCAGAGGACAAGGGGCUGUCCUUCUUCAAGUCAGCCUUGAGACAGAAGGAGACCCGGCGCUCUACCGACCUCGGCAAGACGAGCUUGCUGUCCAAGAAGGCCGGCAGCGGCUCGGCCAGGUCGGCCUGUAAGAGCAGCACAGAGGAGAAGGCCGAGCGCGGCCCCCCGGCCCCGGGCUCCCAGCAGCCCCACGCCAACGCACUGGGGAAAGAGCCGCCCGUCUCCAAGGAGCCUGCUUCCACUAAACAUUCCCUGUUGUCCGCCCGCAGAUCCAAGUCUUCGCAGCUGGAUUCCGGGGCCCCCUCGUCUCCGGGGGGCAGGCAGUCUGCUGAGAAAGCCCCCAGAAAGUUAUCUUCUAGCAUGCAAACCUCUGCACGGCCUUCUCAGAAACCUCAGUGAUAUUUCCGCAAAGCCAAGUGUUUUAUCUGUAAAGACGUUUAUUUAUUUGGAGCCCCUCCCCUCCCACCA